AUGAUAAGUGAAUUUGAAAAUUUGUCUCUUGGAGGAAGUAACACUGCAAGCAAUCAUGCAGAUCCUUUUAAUCAUACGGAGUUGACACCUGAGCAGCAAAAAACUUUAAUUGACAUACGCCGCCGGAAAACAGAAUUACUUUUGGAAAUACAGUCAAUAACCCCGCGUGCCCUUGAAAGGGACAAAAAGUCCUUUACGGAUAUUCGUAAACCAAUAGAUUCCCUCGGCCCUUUCAUUCAAAACACUGCAGAGCGCACUGACGUAAGCCGUCAAUGCUCAGUUUACUACGACCGAAAGAGAGACGUCGCGAAAGAUAAUCUACUACGUAUAGUUGUCACGGUGCCAAACUCUGUAGCGCCCGCGCCUCUCUUCAGUCGAGUGCGUUCCUUAGAGGGAAGUGUAUGGCGCGCGAUGUGUUUGCAUGUUCGGCUGCUGUGCGGCGCGCUCUGCUGGCCGGUGCUGAUGCGCUGCGCCCGCGCCGCCCGCACCUACGACGACGAUUAUGAUCAGGCCGUGCCCGUGGCCGCCGAAGAGGAGCGUCGUGGAUCAGUGUCAAAUUGGUUUUCGUCUUUGAGACGUGGUGGCCGGCGUAAACGAGAAGAUAACGGAGUUCCGGCAGGUUAUGGAUCGUUAGGCAGGAGGAAGGACGGUGGGCAGUCGCGCGGCAAGACACGAUCGGCCUGGGAUCUUACCACCGCCACUAGACUGGUCUGUAUAAUUAACAAUUUCACUAUCUGU